AUGGACGACCUCUCGGCCCUGGAUUGGUCGUCCACCUCGGACACCAACAAGACCUCCAAGGCGCCUCCCAAUUCCACGAACCCGCCGAAUGCAUUCGCCUACCCUUCGCUGCGCCCGACUCCUUCGCCAUUCUCUUCCGGCCACAAUACCCCCCUAUCCAAUCAAGCCUCGGGCAGUUCCUCCUUCAAGCCGCCCCCUCAAAAACCGGCCCAAGACAGCUUUAGCAAUCUAGUCAACUUCGGCCAUGCCAAGAACACCGCCAACCUGAGCUUACGCGAGCGCCAGGAGCGUCUCGAAGCCGAGAAGCGCAAGAAGCAGGACGAUCUCAGGAAGCAAGCCCAGGCUAACUACGGCGAUGGCCGCUUCUUCGACACGCUUGCCUCGAACUCGGGUGUCAACUCAAGAACAGCAUCGCCAGCUCUGUCCAACCAGCCUGCUCAAGAGCGCCGCAAAACCGACUCGGACGACGACCUGUUCGCCGCAUUCAACGCCGAAACAAAGGUGGAUAAUGAUAGUCACUAUCCCCCACCCGCCGAAUCUGCAUCGCGGACAGCAACGCCGGCUUCCGGGCCCGCCUUGGAUCUGAGUGACCCCGGCGCGUGGGGGGCUAACGCCCAGAGCACGAGCCAUGGAGGAGGCGGGUUCGAAGACGACGACCCUUUCGAUCUUGGCCAGCUCAACUCGAAACCUAGCAGCAGCGCUGCCGUCAGUCCGGCCAACGGCGGCGAUGACGACUUCCUCGGCGACCUAGCCAAACCUGUGGAGGAGGUUCGCCGCAAGGCCAAGGCCAGUCAGCCUCAAAGUCCCGAACCUGGCAAGCCCAUCGAAGAUGGAGAUUCCGAUUCGUCUGCUGAGCAAGCUGUCUCACACAUGGAUGACCCCUUCGACCGAGCUGUGGCUGAAUUGGUCGAUUACGGCUUCAGCCCAGAAAACGCCCGCCGGGGCUUAACGGAAAGCGGAGCUGGGCUGAACGUGCAGGCUGCUGCAAACUGGUUACUGGAUGACGCGCACAGAGCUGCAAAGGAAAAAUCACAAGGACAGCGACGUGCAAACGGCCGCGACGGGAGACGGCAAGUAGAAACCAAGAGUUCCAACGGUACCGACAGCGCGGCAUGGAUGGCCAAAGGUGGGGAUGCUCGUCAACAUGCUGUCUCGACUCAUCAGAACGAUGGUGAUUUCGCCAAGACGGCGGCUGCUAUGGGAACCAGCUUCCUCAAGUCUGCUAAUUCUCUCUGGAAGACCAGCCAGAAAAAGAUGCAACAAGCUGUUGCCGACUUCCAGCAGGACGCCGACCCCAGCCAACCAAAGUGGAUGCGGUCGGCUCAAGCAGACCAUCCGUCCAGCAGAAACACUGCGCGGCAACAAGACGUCACUGAUGAAGCCAUGAUGUUGGAAGGCGGUGCACAUCCCGAUCGAAAGCCCCAGUCCAUGCCACCUACACAUACUUCUUCGCGGACCCAGGCCCCUGCAGCGUUCGACCAGCCCGAAAGGCGGCAUAGUCCUGUUCCUCGGUGGCAACAGGCCAAGCAGCCUCCAGUGCGCGAUCCACGAGCGAGAUUGAACCAUCAGUCGGUAGAAGAACAGAGUGCACAGGCAUACGUUAGCCCGGCCCGCAGGAAGAAGCCAUCCCCCCAGCCGGCACGGGAGACGCUGCCUAGUUCAUCGCAACCAACCCAAGAUAUCUCGUUUCGAUCCUCUCCCCGCUUGGCAUCUCGGACAGGAGGACAGCAGCAGGCGCCUGCUCCGCAAAACACCACAACAAGGCCAAGUGCGCCUCCUUCAAAGCCCGCGCCGAAACUGCCUCCGCGACAGAUCCCCCCUUGCAGCCCAGCAUCAUUCCAAAGUUCCAACAAGCAUCGCCUGGAUGGUACAGCGCAUUUUAAACGAGGCGACUAUGCCGCAGCACAUGCGUCUUAUUCUUCAUCACUGGCAGCCAUACCUUCGACGCACCCAUUGGCCAUUGUGCUCCUCUGUAAUCGCGCGCUCACGGCGCUUAAGACGGGCGAGCCCCGCCAGGCGGUGGACGAUGCCGACGCCGCCCUUGCGGUAAUCGGCCCCGGCAAAGGGGAGAAUGAGCUUGUCGCUCUUGAGGACGGUACAAGCGAAAAGCGCGAUAUGCGCGACCUCUACGGCAAGGCCCUCACGCGCAAGGCCGAGGGGCUGGAGCAGAUGGAAAAGUGGUCCGACGCCAUGGCUGUGUGGCAGACCUGCGUGGAAGCCGGCGUUGGUGGUGCAACGGCCACUGCUGGUCGGCAGCGAUGCCAGAAAGCACUAGCUCCGAAACCGCCCCUGAAAGCCGCCGCGCCCUCGCCGCGCCCAACAGGUACUGCCGCAAGGCCAAACGCCCGGCGCCCCCCCGGCGGCGGCGCCGCCGCCCCAGCAAAGGACUCGGACGCUGUAGAACGGCUUCGAGCCGCCAACAAAGCCGCCGAAGCCGCAGACGGCGAACGAUUUGCACUAGUUGAUCAGGUUGAUGCACGGAUUGCAGCCUGGAGGGACGGGAAACGAGAUAAUCUUCGUGCACUGCUAGGCAGCUUGGACCAAGUCCUGUGGGAGGGCAGCGGGUGGAAGAAAGUCGGACUCCAUGAGCUGGUUCUGGCCAAUAAAGUCAAGAUUGUCUAUAUGAAGGCGAUCGCAAAAUGUCAUCCUGACAAGCUGGCGCAGGACACGAGCACAGAAGCCCGCAUGAUUGCAGGUACCGUUUUCAGCACCCUGAACGAGGCCUGGGACAAGUUCAAGGCCGAUAACGGCAUGUAG